AUGGGAAUUAAGUAUGUUUUAUUAGUGAGUAGACAAGGUAAAUUGAGACUUGCAAAAUGGUUUAAUACAUUAUCAACGAAAGAGAAACAAAAGAUAGUCAAAGAAGCCACUCAAAUGGUUCUUUCAAGAAGAACAAAAAUGUGUAACUUCUUGGAAUAUAAAGGAAUUUCUGAUACAGAUAAUGAACUUUUAACGCUUGAAAUUAUUCAUCGUUAUGUGGAGAUUUUAGAUCGUUAUUUUGGAAAUACAUAUAUUAACCAAUUACUAAUCAAUGAAUCAAUUACUGAAUCAACCAAUCAAAAGGCAUAUUUUGUAUUGGAUGAAUUAAUUAUUGCAGGAGAAAUGCAAGAAUCAAGUAAAAAAUCAGUAUUAAGAGUUAUUGGUCAGCAAGAUUCUUUAGAAGAAGGUGAAAAUGGUGAAAAGGGUUGGCCAGAGAAAAAGUCAUAA